AUGCCUCACACAUCAGCAAAGAGGGAGUCAAGCCAAUACUUAUUGCAGCCGCAUAUAACGAAAGCUUCGAUGCCUAUAAGGGACGCCAGUCCAAGAGGUGACGCUGGCCAAAAAAAACUUCUGGACAGGCACGGUAUCGAACAAAAAUGUGGAGGUCAGCCUGGGAGAUCGCAGCUUAAAGCUCUUUACGACGCCUUAGUCUUUAAUAGAACUAGGCCCAGAAGGGUUAAAUCGAACGACAGUACGCAGUCCAAGCGACUGCUUGGUCUGCUACGGGACGCAGAGAUGCUCGGUACCAUAUCUCAUGAGGAUGUUAGCACAUGGUCAGGAUAUAACACAGAAAUUGACUUCAGGCUGUUGGCCGAGUAG